AGUGUCCUCUGCAAGGCAUCUUGGGAAAAGAGGCUGUUGUAAACAUGGCGUCCUCGGUGUGUAGAGUCUUGUCCUUCACUAGAAAUGCUAAGGUGCUUGCUUCACCUUUGAGGCUGACCGCCAUACCUGUUUAUCGCUACAGCGUAGAAGUAUCCAGCACCGGUGAGGCCAUCACUCACACCGGCCAGGUGUUUGAUGAAAGUGAUCCUAGGAGAGCCAGAUUCGUUGGCAGACAGAAAGAGGUGAAUAAGAACUUUGCAAUCAAAUUGGUGGCCGAGGAGCCAGUGACUGAAAUUGGGGCCAAUGUGGUGUCCUGUGAUGGAGGUGGAGGAGCCCUGGGUCACCCCAAAGUCUACAUCAACCUGGAUAAAGCCACAAAAGUGGGCACAUGUGGCUAUUGUGGAUUACAGUUCAAGCAGAAGCAUCAUCACUAAACUGUUUCCUCUCUCUUUGCUUCUCUGUAUAAAUUGCCAUAUUGGUUAAUAAAUUAUAUGUUGUCCGUCA